GACAAGGCCUGGGCAAGGACAUUUCUGCCCGAACACCAGAGACUCCAAGGUCUCAAGGGUGCUGAAGUACAGAAAAAGGGGCUGUCCUAGUGAAUUAGAAAAACAAAACAAAACAAAGCACCUCUAGAUGUAAAAAGUAAAAAUGGGGGUCCCUGUAUUUGAGGAUGUAAACGAUGAAGCUGAAGAGGAAAAAACAGGGGAAGAAGAAAAUGAAGACACGGUAUUCUUUAAGCCUGUGAUUGAAGACCUCAGCAUGGAAUUGGCCAGAAAAUGCACCAAACUCAUUAGUGACAUUCAUUAUAAAGAAGAAUAUAAAAAGUUUAAGGACAAGUGUACAUUUGUGCCUGACACGCCCAUGCUAAACCAUGUAAAAAAUAUUGGUGCUUUUAUUUCUGAGGCAAAAUACAAAGGCGCCAUUAAGAAGAAUCUUUCCAAUUCUCUGUAUAGGCAGAUGCCAGCCACAAUUGAUAGUGUCUUUGCAAGAGAAGUUACCCAGCUUCAGAGUGAGGUUGCCUAUAAGCAGAAACAUGAUGCUGCCAGAGGAUUCUCAGAUUAUGCUCAUAUGAAGGAGCCACCCGAGAUCAAACAUGCCAUGGAGGUCAAUAAACACCAGAGUAAUAUUUCUUAUAGAAAAGAUGUACAGGACACCCACACGUACAGUGCGGAUCUCAACAGACCAGACAUCAAGAUGGCAACACAGAUCUCCAAGAUCAUAAGCAACGCAGAGUACAAGAAAGGGCAAGGAGUAAUGAAUAAAGAGCCUGCUGUAAUUGGAAGACCAGAUUUCGAACAUGCUGUGGAAGCUUCUAAACUUUCUAGUCAAAUUAAAUACAAAGAAAAAUUUGAUAGUGAAAUGAAGGAUAAGAAACAUCGUUACAAUCCUCUUGAAAACGCUUCUUUUAGGCAAAGUCAGCUUGUCACUGCACUGGUGAGCGAUGUGAAGUACAAGAAAGACAUUCAAAAUAUGCAUGAUCCAGUCUCGGAUCUCCCAAACUUGUUCUUAGACCAUGCUUUGAAAGCCAGCAAAAUGCUCAGCCGACGAGAGUAUAGAAAGCUUUUUGAGGAAAACAAAGGAAUGUACCAUUUUGAUGCGGACGCCGCUGAACACUUGCACCAUAAAGGCAACGCCAAGCUCCAGAGUCAGGUUAAGUAUAAAGAAGAGUAUGAGAAAAAUAAGGGGAAAUCAAUGCUUGAAUUUGUUGAGACGCCAUUGUAUCAAGCUUCAAAGGAGGCUCAAAAGAUGCAUAGUGAGAAAGUUUACAGAGAGGAUUUUGAGAAGGAGAUUAAAGGAAGGUCAUCACUCGAUUUAGACAAGACUCCAGAAUUUUUACAUGUUAAGUACAUCACCAACCUUCUGAAAGAGAAGGAAUAUAAAAAAGAUUUGGAAAAUGAAAUAAGAGGGAAAGGAAUGGAACUUAACUCAGACGUUCUUGAUAUUCAGCGAGCAAAACGCGCAUCUGAAAUGGCAAGUGAGAAAGAAUACAAGAAAGACCUGGAGUCAAAAAUUAAAGGGAGAGGGAUGCACAUUGGCACUGACACCCUUGAAAUACAACAUGCCAAGAAAGCUUCAGAGAUAGCUAGUCAGAAAGACUAUAAGAGAGAUCUGGAGACUGAAAUAAAAGGGAAGGGCAUGCAGGUGGGCACAGACACUCCUGAUAUCCAGAGAGCUAAGAAGGCAUCCGAAAUGGCCAGCCAGAAAGAAUAUAAGAAAGACUUGGAAAAUGAAAUUAAAGGGAAAGGGAUGCAAAUAAGCAUGGACAUCCCGGACAUGCUUCGAGCCAAGAGGGCAUCGGAGAUCUAUAGCCAGAAAAAGUAUAAAGACGAAGCAGAGAAGAUGCUUUCUAACUAUUCUUCAGUGGCAGAUAGUCCUGAAAUGCAGAGAAUCAAGACAACUCAACAAAACAUUAGUGCGGUAUUUUAUAAGAAAGAAGUAGGAGCUGGCACGGCCAUAAAAGAUACUCCAGAGACUGAACGAGUGAAGAAAAAUCAGCAGAAUAUUAGUUCAGGGAAAUACAAAGGAGAGAUAAAGCAGGCAACAGCCAUCUCCGAUCCUCCAGUUAAGAGAGCCAAAGAAAACCAGGAGAACAUCAGCAAUCUCCGGUACAAAGAGCCGUGCCACAAAGCCACGCCCGUGAGCGUCACGCCAGAGAUGGAGAGGGUGAGGAGAAACCAGGAGCAGCUGAGUGCGGUAAAAUACAAAGGAGGGGUUAAACAAGCAACUUCAAUUUCUGAUCCACCAGAGCUGAAGAGAGCUAAAGAAAACCAGAAGAACCUCAGCAAUGUUUAUUAUAAAGGUCAGCUGGGAAGAGCCACGGCUUUAAGUGUAACUCCUGAAAUGGAAAGAGUGAAGAAGAAUCAAGAAAAUCUUAGUUCGGUAAAAUAUACCCAGGACCAUAAACAGAUGAAAGGUAGACCAAGUCUGAUUUUAGAUACGCCUGGUCUGAGAUAUGUCAAAGAAGCACAAAAUCAUAUUUCCAUGGUAAAAUAUCAUGAAGAUUUCGAGAAGACGAAGGGCAGAGGCUUUACUCCUGUUGUAGAUGACCCCGUGACAGAGCGAGUGAGGAAGAACACCCAGGUUGUCAGCGAUGCGGCCUACAAGGGCGUCCAUCCUCACAUGGUGGAGAUGGACCGGAGACCUGGAAUCAUUGUUGACCUCAAAGUUUGGCGCACAGAUCCUGGCUCCAUCUUCGACAUUGAUCCCCUGGAAGACAAUAUUCAGUCUAGAAGUCUCCAUAUGCUCUCUGAAAAGGCGAGUCACUAUAGGAGACAUCGUUCUCGCUCUCAUUCGAGCAGUACUUUUGGCACAGGUCUGGGAGACGACAAGUCAGAAAUAUCCGAGAUUUACCCCAGCUUUUCAUGCUGCAGUGAGGUAACCAGGCCGUCGGAUGAAGGAGCACCUGUCCUUCCUGGAGCCUAUCAGCAAAGCCAUUCUCAAGGCUAUGGGUACAUGCACCAGACCAGCCUGUCAUCCGUGAGGUCAAUGCAGCACUCACCAAAUCUAAGGACCUACCGAGCCAUGUACGAUUACAGCGCCCAGGAUGAGGACGAAGUCUCCUUCAGGGACGGCGACUACAUCGUCAACGUGCAGCCCAUCGACGACGGCUGGAUGUACGGCACGGUGCAGAGAACUGGGAAAACGGGGAUGCUCCCGGCGAAUUACAUCGAGUUUGUUAAUUAAUUAUCUCCCCUUGUCUUUGAGCUUUAUUCUAAUGUAUACUAGACCUAAUCUUUUUAAAGGCUAGAAGAUACUUUUAAGACAACUUGGCAGUUAUUUUACAAUAAUCUCUCUCUACUUUGACAAUUAGACACGCAGGUACCAGGAAGAGGGAAUGACUUCUGGGCUGAAAACAAAAGCAUUUUCAGGAGUUGCUGUAAACAAAAUCUUUAGGUCUGGAGACCCUGGUGCUGCUAACUGUGUUAAUGGUUUCCUUUGACUGGCUUUCGAACACCGCUGGGAAAUGUAUUUUUGUAGACUUUAAUAGAGAUGUUGAGUGUCCCUUAAAUGUAACAAGUCUCUGAAACUUCUUAGCUGUCACUUUGGAACCACCAGAAGCCGAUUCUCUUAAUUCAGUAACACGGCCAAUGGUUUCAAAACAGUUAGCUUUGGAGUCAUUGGGGAAUUUCCAAUUCAAGUGAAAAUUGCCUAAUAAACAUAAGCAGUGGCAGAAUGACAGUUUGGUUACCAUUAUACUGACUGGUGGCCUUAGGGACCUAGAAACUUCUACCGAACAGACAUUUCCUUGUUCCCUAGGCUGACUUGGGUCUAUUUAUUUCUCAUUUGUAUCAAGGGAUACCCUUCUCUCCGCUUACAUCCUGUGGGCCCAAGUCUACGCUUGACUGCACAGAAUGUCAGGACCAAAUGAUGUCACAGCUACUCCGCAAAGGGCAAAGUUUAAAGUCAUCGCUGUUCUUUCCCUAGUAGCUUUUACCCUGCUGCAUGUCACGUAGGUUCAAGCUCUGUAACAUAGGCAGCCGCACUGCCCGUCCCUGUUAUGAAAACAAAAACCGUGGCUGAUAACCUCACAGCCCCUCCCUUUAGCGGCCAGCUCAUCAGAAAAACAUCUUUGGAAAAGUUGCUUGAGAUCCUCUCGCUGUCCUGCACUCUAGUUUCGAAGGAUUUACACCUUUAGGAAAUAGACGUCUACUCUAGCACAUAAGUGGUUUAGGUGUUUACUGAGCAACUUUCAUUAACUUAAUGCCGCCAUUGAUUGAAAAGGAAAGAAAACGGACUAGGAGCCAGUGACGACGCAGUGUACUAGAGGCGACACGUGAGCAAAAAGUCCCCCCCUCCACACCGAGAUGAGCCGGUUUCCCGUUUUGGAAAACGGCAUUCAGAUCUGGGAAUGGAAAUCUAGCCACCGAAACCGCUUAGACUUGGAAAGACUUCCCUUCCACUUUCUUCUGGUUUUUCUUUUCUAAACCACAUUCAGGGGGUAAGGUGAAAUUGCCAACCGAGAUUUUAGGUAUAGGCCCAAUACGUUGUCCACUGAAAAAAGCAACUGUUGUCCUGUCUCGAAUUUGAAAUGAGAGACCUUGCAGGCUCUUUCUGGACUCACAGCCAUGCUACAGCCCUUGCUGGUGGCUCAUGAAGGUUCGCCUGUGGUCCACAGUCUAGAUCACUGGAGAAAUGCACGUCCAUCAGCGACUCUGUGUCUUUCUGAUGGGUUCAGACGUGCAGGAGGGUAGUGUUUUUGGAGGUCUGACUCUACAGACUCACUCUACAGUGAUGAAGCUGGAAAAGCCAAGUCACAGAAAUAUGGUAAAAUGUAUGGAUCUUGGGGAUAUCUCCCUUCUAUAGUAUAUGCAAAGAAAUUAACAAAACAUCCUAUAAAGUACCUUUUUUUUUGAAGUGUUUAGGAGUCCAAAACCAAAUGCUAACUCAUUUAUACUUUUUGAAAAGUUAGCGCAUACUUUUGAAAAUCGAUAGUUUCAUUCGAUCCGGCUAAAAGAGCAAAUAAAGCUUUGUAACACUCGAGCUACAUCUGUAAGACAUUCACAGAAAAAGAAAAGACAGGAAUUUGGGUAAAAAAACUAGAGAGUCUUUUUGAGGGGGUUUCACAGAUUACUACAUAACCAACUGGACUGAUUUUUUUCUACCAGUGAAAUGGUCAGUCAUGAUUAAAUCGACCCCAUUCGUGUUUUGAUAGUCUCGUAGGCAAACCGACAAACACAAGCUGAAAUUGAAACAUUCUUACAAAAAUUUCUGUGCAUUAAAACCUAGGGCAAUGAACUUGCUCGAUUUACUUAUAUUUCCCCCAGACAGUCCACUUUUUGUGAAGUCGUUGAUGACAUCUGCAGACUAAGUGUGGGACGGGUACAGUUUUUGAGAAAUAGCACAUUUGAACAGCAGCAGACUUGACAUGAUGCUUAUAAUUUUGAGAAAAUACCGUAAGGCAGCAGUUUGAUGCUCCACGGUCAUUCUCAUCCACUAAUUUCAAAAUCAGAUUCAUGGAAUGUAGAAGUCAAUAAUUAUUAGGGGAAUAAUUCUCCUAAGAUUGGAAGCUUCCCAUAAUGUUUGCACAGCGGGAUGUUUCUGCUCCCAGCCUCUGGGAGUCAAGGCCUGCUCAGAAUUUAACUAGAGAGCAGUUACUCUACCAUAAAGACUGAGGGAGACCGAGAUGUCACGUGCUCCCGACACCAGAACUUGAUAAUGUCACUGUUACUAAAACUUGUCAGGAUAUUGAGCAUCUCGGCAGAAAUACAGGAAACAUACAUGUAUAAUACCAAAGUGCUAUUUUUACAGGAUCAUUUUUCAAAACUACAUUCUCGAACAGGUGUUCCACUUUGCACGCGCCUCCCCCCUUCAAUUUGGCGACCCGUAUCUCAUACAUAACGCUGGCGGCGAAAGAAGGGUUGGAAAAAAAAUCCGUCUUUUACAAAUCAAGUUAAAGGAGACUGGGAAAUGUUCAAGCACAGGGAGCAUGCACUUGAUUUUCUGAAUCUGAUGCAUUCUCAAGCCUGAUAAAAAGCACAAAGAAGCAGGUUGACACGUGCGUAUAAGGUUCCCAAAACACAACUCCAUGCGGAUCCUGUCUCUCUUGAGAAAAGCAGAGCCAACAGGAUAGAGGACCUGUGUUGUGAGUUUUUGUAGCAAGCGUUUUUACUAAUUCUCGUUCUCUAGGGAGGAUUUCUAUUUCUCACCUGUGGCAAAACAAAUUUCUUCACACCCUCUUGUCCUCGUUUACACAUCCGCAGCGUAGCCCAGUUUAAAAUUUGUAUCUGGUUGUCAGAUCCCCGCGUGGUCCCUGCCUGUUCCUCAGGCUUCCCCCACCUCCAGAGACCACACAGGAAUUUGCCAGCACAAUUUCUCCGGGCACCUUGUUGUGAACGUGGAGGAGGUUGGACUGGCCCCUCUCUUGCCAAAGAGCUUGGUUCUUUGCUCGAAGAUGAUGGAGAUGUGGUGUUGGCAGGCCGCCCGCGGUCUUUCUCCCCCGUCAUCUCCCCGUCGGGCUUGACGACGCUGCGGGAGGGCGGGAAACAGGCUUUUCUCGAACAGUGAAGUUCAGGAGGUACAUACAUCUCUUUUUCAGGUGCGUCCACGUGCAGCGACAUGUUUUUAAUGAAAAGAUAAAGAAAACGUGUGUGAUCCUUUAAUAACACAUCCCCUAUAUAAAGUGGAUGGAGUUUAUACCAAAAUUAUAAUAUAGAUAUAUUUUAAAAAGGUGCCUUUUUGAUUGCCCUUGUUAAUCCAUGAUGGUCUUGGAAAGAAAACCAAGCAAGCAAGCAAACUUUUAUCUAUUCUAUAGUAAUAUUUUAUUAUACACGACUGGUAUUUUUGUGGUGGGGGAGUGAGACGCUCCUGACAGAUCCGGAAGGUGGUAACCGAUUGUAUUUUACCUGUAAAGGUUUAGAACUUUAGAAAACACUGACUUUCCCCAUCUAUUUCUGAAAGGUUCUUUGUGGAUUUCUAUACAUAGUCAGGAUGCAUAAACAUUAACUUCAGGCCUGAGACUUAAAAUACCUAUUGUAAGAUAGAAGCAUUAUGUUAUGAGGCUGAAUUCAUUGCAGAAGAUGAGAUUCACUUCAUAAAUGUCAUUAUACCUUAGCUAUUUGCUUCUGAUAAUCUAAAAGUGGCUAGAGCGUGCAUGUUCUGGGUAACGUGACUCCGAGGCGAGAAAGCUUCAGUUAAGCGAGGAACAACGCGAACUCAGUUAAGAAUGCUAAAACGGAAGUCUCUUUCUGAAGUAUUCCAUGGCCCUUCGGAUCCUUUCCAGGCAGCUGACUGUCAACUGUUCAUUAAAAAAAAAAAAAAAAAAAAAAAAAAAAAAAAAUCAGGACACUGUAUGAUGCUUGUGUGGCCGUCAUUUCACGAUGUCUAGACCGCUGGAGUCCACAAGCCUGGAAGGAUCCCCAGGGCAGACUUCUCCCCAGCUGUCCAUAUCACUUCAGUACAGCCAUGGAAUUCAGAUGCUUUUUGUGUUUGCUACACGGUGUCCGGUUCGCAUAGUACACGCUUCUUUGUAAUCCAGUUGCUGUAAAGAAUGAUUUGCUUUGAAGGUAAAGAGAAAACCGCAUCACAGUCCCAUUUCUUCAGUGUCCAUACAAUGAAUGGUGGAGCCUUUAGAGGCAGCACCAGACCUGUGGCAGGCGUGGUGUGGACAUGUUGGCCUUUGACCUGUGAUGGGAAUAGAGAACUAAACCAGUGUGCAGUGUGGAUUCUGUUUGCUCCAAAAAUGUGCAGUUGUGGUUGAUGACUCAUUUGCAAGGUUAUGCUAACUUUGAGAGCAGACGGUUUGGGUGGAAACGAUGUUUUUUUGAAAUGAAGGGGCUUAUAGAAUGAUACGAUGUUAUGAGCAUAAUUUGGCUUUUGUUAUGCAAAUUAACACCAGCUAUUAAAAUAUAUUUUAGUAGAAAUGCUUUAAUUCAUGUUUUUUUCCUCUACACUGUGAAUCUUUAAGCCUUGGUGGACUAGAGCAACAUCGUGCUGCCCAAAGGACUAACCUAUGCAAACUAGUUCACAUUUUAGUGGAUGUCACAGUAAUUGUGUACUAAGACAUUAUUUCCCCCGGGAUAAUGUGCAACGGCACUGAAAUAACACCUUAAGCCGAGCAUCAUGUGUGUUUAGUAUAGUCACUCACAAACCCUUCAAGGCUACUAUAAUCAUGAGUAGUGGUAUUUGUUGAAAAAGCAAAUCGCCGAUUGAUCUCUUAGAUCUCCUUGAACGAUGUCAGAACAAGAAUGACAGGUGGAUGUGUCGGCCAUGGCUUCAAUGUGGUCACUGCAGAUGUUCUGUGAUACAACUGUGUUCGGAUGCACUCUCUUCAGGGUAUUAUUAUUCUGUGUCUUCUUCCUGUAUUUGUAAGACGUGACAACGCUUUCAUUUCCUAUCUCUACACAUCCGGUUUGCUUAAAUAAAUGCAGGAUAUAACAAAA